GAAAUAUCAUGAUUGAUAACGCACUUAUAACUCGAGAUUGUUCGUUACUUUAAUUACGAACACGCAUCCAUAACUUUAAUGUUUAAUUAACAGCAAGACUUUCUUAACAGUUGAAAAUAACGCGAUUACUUGGUGCUGCUAUGUUUCAUUGGUCGGUAUAGUUUUUUAGGUUCCACUUUAUCUAUCAUGGCAACAAAUGACUUGCUGGUCGAGAGAGACAAAAUCCAAAAAGAGAUUUUUGCUAUCGAGAUUUCUCUGCGGGCAGAUGGAGGAAACAUCACAGACCUGCUGUCACUCGAUGCCAGUAGCGAUGAUGAAUCUGUUGACAGUGGACCUGCAGUUGAUGAAGCGGUGCAUGAUGAUCUAGAGACAGAACGCCAACGCAUUCAGAGAGAGAUCGAGGAAUUAGAGAAUACACUUGGUGUUAAUGCAGAACUGGUUGACAUUGAGGAAGAAAGUGAACACGACAGUGAUUUUAGCAAUGAGGACAGAGUUGAAUUGGAUCUUCCUCAAAAUUUAGAGACUUGCCUACAAAUCAAUUUGGUCUAUCAGGAGGUGCUUAAAGAAAAACUAUCUGAGCUGGAGACGCUUCUGAGUGACAACCAGCAGCAGCAGAAAGAGAUUGAAGGUCAGUUGUCUGGUCCCACCACCUGUAGCUCUUCUUCACCCGGAGGAAUCCCUAUUCAGAAACUAUUUCUUGGAUAUUUCAUGAAGCCUUAUUUCAAAGACAAACUCACUGCUCUGGGCCCUCCAGCAAAUGAUGAAACCAAAGAGAGGAUGAGUCAUGGCACCAGACCCAUCUGUGAGCUGAAAAUAAAGAGAUGGGAGGUUUGGCAUAAGGCUUUGCUGACCAAUGCCGUGGCCACAGACUCUAUGAAACGAAUGCUAAAGCCCAAACUUUCCAAGCUGGACUACUUGAGUGGCAAGAUGUCUAAAGCUAAAGAUAAGGAAAAGGAGGAGAUGAAAAAACAAAUGGAUUUAAUACAAGAAGAUAUUGCAGAGAUUAGCGCAAUGACAAAAGAACAGCUGCUGGGUGAUCGCAAUGACGACCACGACUGGGAGAAAAUAUCCAACAUUGAUUUUGAAGGUUUACGCAAUGCUGAUGAUUUGAAAAGAUUCUGGCAAAACUACUUGCACCCCUCCAUUAACAAGACCGUAUGGAAACAGGAGGAAAUCGAUAAGCUGAGAGAAAUUGUCCAAGAAUACAACUGUUGCCAUUGGGAUGAAAUUGCAGAGGCUCUUGGGACCAAGAGAACAGCUUUCAUGUGUUUCCAGACUUAUCAACGCUACAUUUCAAAGACCUUCAGAAGGAAAGGGUGGACUAAAGAGGAAGACCAGAUACUAAGAGAACUUGUGAAAAAAAUGAGAGUCGGAAACUUCAUUCCUUACAUGCAGAUGUCGUACUUCAUGAUGGGUCGUGAAGCAUCACAAUUGUUAUACCGUUGGACGUCUUCUCUCGAUCCCUCUAUAAAGAAAGGCCCUUGGUCAAAGGAAGAAGACCAGUUGUUAAGGAAUGCCGUCGCUAAGUAUGGCACAAAAGAAUGGGGAAAAAUCAGAACAGAAGUGCCAGGCAGGACAGACGGUGCUUGUCGUGACAGGUAUCUUGAUUGUCUUCAGGAGAAUGUCAAAAAGGGUGCUUGGAGCAUAGAGGAGGUGGAGCUACUAAAACAAAAAGUUGAAAAAUAUGGCGCUGGCAAGUGGACAAAAAUUGCUUCCGAGAUCCCAAAUCGUAUUGACACCCAGUGCCAGAGCAAGUGGAGGCAACUAACACAAAUGAAUCAAGGCUAUAGCAGAAAAAGGAAAGCAGUUCAAGUGAAGUUAACCUCAACAGUUCAACAAGAAACAAAGAGACGUAAGGUGAAACAGAAAAAAAUGAAAAAGAUCGAAAUCACUUUAAGCUCCGAGGAUGAAAAGCAAGUGAAAGUUGAAAAUAUGGAUAGUGAUGCUGAAGCAGAAGUCCCUUCAGAUGAGGAUUUACCACAGGAAACACGAGUCAAGGAGUACAUACAGCCAGACAUAAAGAGUUGGAUUCCUUUAAUUACAAAGCCAUCGGUUUGUCCUGUAAGAACUGUAAGGACUGUAUGGGUGAGUCUGUUCACCAAUGGGGAUGAUCUAAAGGAACCUAAUAAACCAACUACCAGUGGCCGCAAUCGAUCGAAGAACAGCACCAGUCCUCCAGUCGAGCCCAGUCUGGUCCGCAAUACCAGUUUAGACCAUUUUGGAAACGUGGAGAGAACUUACGUGGGGAUUGAUGCUACUGUCUUGCCGAACCCGGCUGACAAUGAGAAAACCUUGAUUAAGGUGCCUGCGAAUGAUGUUAAGCACUUAAUGCAGUGGAAGGCAACAUCUGUAAAUAAAAAGGACAAAAGGAAAUCUCCAAAAGAUAAAAAGAAAAGACGAGCCCAGAUCUGGUCCAGCCUUAACUAUGAGCUCCUUAAAUCAAUCACCCCAUGGAUUGGUAACGUGCUCCUGCCUGUGGAAGCAAAGAAGCUUUGUGAAGCUGAUAUUGUUGGAACAAAAGCAGCAGAGAUCCCUCUCCUGAAGACCCCAGUGUUUUCAUUUUUCAUCAAAACUCUCCACAUUGAUGCAGAGGCUCGCAAGAAUGUCAUUAAAGUUCGGCAAAAAAGAAAACUGAGGCAGUCUACUUCUGUAUCUCAAUCAACAGUCCCUCAAGUUGGAAAACCAAGUGAACCAUUAAUAUCUAAUCCUGAUCUUCCCUCUGAUACUUUGAGCUUUGAUACAAACUUAUUAUUUUUCGAUCAUCAAUCUGAAGUAAAUGGCUGGAUGAAUGGAAACGGUGGAAUUUCACUGCCACAUCUAGAGAUCACUUUGCCUUACCUCCCACCAUCUGCUGCCAGUGUCACAAAACUGACUUCAUUGCUCAAGGCUAAACAAUCUCUGCUUACAGCUGCAGCACAUAUCUUACCGCACGACUACCAGAAUGGCAAUGUAGAGAAAGAACAAGAAGAGGCCAUUCACAAACUGGUUGCAGAAAGAUUUGCCACAAAUCCAGCAUACCUGCGGUUAAAAGCUCGAUUCUUGUCAUGCUUUACCUUACCUGCCCUUUUAGCCACCAUAAACCCAUACAAGAAUUGGGAAUUGCCCGAUUCACCUCUAUGCAACGACGAUCCAGUUAUGGACACGCAUUUGGGAUAAAAUAAUGAGGCACCAGCUGCAGUAAGAUGACUGAUCUGACUACAAAUGAAAACAAAGCUUUGGAAAUGCAAUUCUCAGGAAUUUGUACAAACAGGAAACAUCAAUAAGGCAGAUUACUUUUUAAUCCUAAACCAAUUACCCUAGCAUUAAGACUAAAGUUACAUUGUGUAAUGCUUUUAACAUUUAUUUUCCUAGAUAUCAGAGACCAGUUUUUUGUUAGGGAAAUUCAAAAUAUGUUCUGGCUAAUCUGACUGAAGAAAAAAUAGGUUAUAGUUUUGUACAUAAGCACUGUUGAAUUGUGAUUAUAAAAUAUUUUUUCUGUUAUGUUUUUGAAUAAAAUGUAUUGUAGAGUAAUAAAAAAAAAAAAUUUAUU